CUCAGUAGCUGGGAUUCACUGCACACAGGCUCCUCUUUGGGGCCCAGGAGGCUUUCUCUGGCUGGGAUGAAGAACUUGAACAGAAACUCAUUGCCGGCUUCCUCCCCGUGCAAGCACAAAAUCCCUGUAUUGCCCUCCACUGAGAGCCAGGUUGGAGAUGGAUGCUGAGAACAGGAAAGGCGUAUGAGGAGGAUUCCUUUGGCUUCGUCUUUGCUGCUCACCAUUGUGGACACCUGGUGCCCAGUCCCAAGCAGCCAUGGCGACGGCGGCUCUUCCCAAUGCCCUGGAGGUCGACGAGAAGUCCCCAGAGUCCAAGGACCUUCUGCCCAGCCAGACAGCCAGCUCCCUGUGCAUCAGCUCCAGAAGCGAGUCCGUCUGGACCGCUGCUCCCAGGAGUAACUGGGAGAUCUACCGCAAGCCCAUCAUCGUCAUGUCUGUGGGUGGCGCCAUCCUCCUCUUCGGUGUGGUCAUCACCUGCUUCACCUACAUCCAGAGCCUGGAUGACAAGCUCCUGAAGGUCCUGAAGAUGACAGGGCCUGCCUUUUUGUCCCUGGGACUCAUGACGCUCGUGUGUGGGCUGGUGUGGGUGCCCAUCAUCAAAAAGAAACAGAAGCAGAGACAGAAGUCAAUUUUCUUCCAGAGUCUCAAGUCCUUCUUCCUGAAUCGCUGAUGGCAGCCUCAUCCUGUUCUCCCCAUUACCCUGCACCUCGACCAGAAAGAGAUGUGAUGACCAUCUCCUUGGUGGUGGGGUUGGCCAUCAGAGUGAUCCAGGCAAACCCUCUUCCUGGCCCUGUGGGAGAGAGUGAGCUCAGGGCCCCACCCCAGGAGCUGGGGAACAUUGUAUCUCAUGUAGUCUCCUGUUAUUACUGACGCUUCCCUCGGAUUCUGGCUGCAGCCAUCCCUUUCAUGGCCCUCAUUCCCCACUCCCAUGGCUAGGUGUCACUCAUCUGACUCUCUGCAAGAGCUAUGCACACUGGGAAAUGCCUGGGGGUGGGCUGUGCCCCCAGGAGAACCUCAUGUUCACAUGUCUGAGUGCCUGGAAUCCACAUUUUGAUCCUUCUGGAAUCCAAACUGUCCAGCAGGAGUCCUUUGCAGAAGAGAGGGGAGGCUGAGCUCUGACCCAUUGGGUUUGCCAGCCCCAGCACCCUUCUUGGGCCCCAAUACUGGAUUGCAUUUCAAGAGACCAGUUGAGUCACAGCAUCAAACAUUCCAAAGAGUGAACAGUGAAGGGCAGCCAGCCUGGGAGACAUACUUCCCAAGCAGGCACAUUCCUCCCAGAAAUGUUCCUCGGCCAGCUGAGGAAGUUUAAUUCCCAAUUAUAUUGUAUUUACACCAGAGCCAGUGGGGCUGAGGGAUGUAACAGUUUACCCUUGACCUUCUAACCCCUCUCCUCGACUAUUCUCACCUCUGAGCUUUCCCCCUACCCCUGCCUCCACACCCAAUUCUAAAACAGCAUGAUGGAAACCUGCAGAGGAUUCUGUCAGCUUGUUCUCUCCUUCGCCUCUGUCAGGAAUCAAAAUCAAGUAAAUCACAUUCCACAUUUGAAUGGUCUGUAGGUUUCAAGAGAUAUAAUUUGCUUUAGAAAAUCCAACUUCUACUCUCCCUGCCCCCACCCACUGUACAAGCAAAUGUGUAUUGAGUGCCCUGCUCUGGCCAGGCUCUGGGUCAGGAGCACAACAGACAAGGUCCCUGCUCUCUUUUUCUUUCCAAAGUGAGAGACAGCCAGGCCAACAGGCAUUUGAUACCCUGUGCUGAGUACUUGAUGGGGGAAAUGGGGAAGCAGUGUGGGAACAUGAAGGGCACAGCCCACCCAGAUUUGGGAGAGGACAGAGAUUACUGGAGCCUGUGUCAUCCAAACUGAGAACAGAAGGAAAGAUAAGAGCUAGCACAGAGGUGAAAGGAAAAGCAUUUUGGGUAGGGGGAACAGCUUCUGCAAAGGCUCGGGGGCAGGGAGCAGGGGGCACACAGUAAAAUCAGGGAGGCAACUGCACAGUCACCUCCUUCGCCUCCCGAAUGUGCCGUUCCAGCCCCUCUCUUGGCCUGCUUCCCCAAGUGCCUCAGUGCAGCUUCUCCAGGGGGGUACACCGAGGGCCUCCUAGGGUCUCAGGCAGAGACUGGAAGGGAGUUUCCAGAGAACCCACUGAGCAAAGACCACCCAGGAGGUAAGUACUCUCCAAACCUGGGGCUCCAUGUAGCAACUAGAGGCCCUUAGGUGACAGAGGAGGGGUCCCUGUGAGAAAGCUGGCCAGCUGCCCUAGGCCAGGCCAGAGGAAAGCAUCUGAUGACAAGAUGUGCAGGGAGGGCAUCCUGCACUAGAAUCACCAUUGGCUUGAGCUGAUGCCCAGCACUCCUCAGCCUCCUGGACCACCUCCCCAGUUACCAUGGCAACCUGUCUACCAGGCAUCCAGGUAUCCCCAUCCUUCGUGGUGGCUCCAUAUGCAGAGUCACAACCUCACCUUGUUCCCUCUGUGUCAUAGGGUGUUCCAUGGAAGCAGGUACUGUGACAUGAGGACGUAUGCCUCACCCACCAAUGGAGCUUAAAUUCUGAGAGCUUGUGGCCUUUGAGCUUCCCCCUGAAUGGCAUGUCUCUCACUGAGACAGUGUGGUGGGCCCUUAGCCCACCUGUCCCCUGCACACAGGUGGUCAGGACCAAUGUGGGAAGUGUUGCAAGUGCCAUGUCACUAAUUGUAGCUCUAGUGUCUCAAGUGGCAGGGAUUGCAGAUCAUGUCCCUUCGCUGACAUGAAUGCAGGUUCAAUAUGGGCCCUAUAAAUCACUCACAUUCCUCGAUGCUUUCUUACAUGGAGCAAAUGGGAUGGACUCCCAGCUACUUCGCUGGGAAUCCACAUGUCCUCUGUCUGAUUUCAUCUGCCCAAAGCCUGUAGUCCAUGGGCCCAGCUAGGAGAAGGGCCCUGUGGCUGCUACUACCUUGUACGUCUUGGUGGAAUGAAGUCUGGGGACUUCAUCAUGACUCCAGUGUCCAGGGUCCGUGCUUGCCUCACAGUCUCCUGCAGUACUUGCCCACAAGCCCUCUCCCCCAGCUAGUUUCUCAGCAAGAAAAAUGAGGAAGGGGCUGUGAGGAAAGAUCCCCAAGCAUCAUUUAUCUCCACUGGGAUGUCCCAUAGGAGUGUGGACCCAGGAAUAUGCCAGCAGAUGCUGAGGAGAUUUGCCCAAAAGCCAACACUGCAUGGAAGCCUGAGGUGUGAAUACACCUAGUCUGAGAAUGCAGCCCAGGUCAGCAUGACAUUUCUGGGAAAAAGCAUCACCGCCCUGACUCCUUUCAUGCCCGUGGAUCGGAGAACAGGACCAGCAUUCCCGUGUCUGGCUAACUGGAUUGCAUUACCCCACCCACAGCUAUUCUCUUUGGGAGAGUUCAAUUUCAUCCGUGUCCUAAAGGAGUAGAUGUAAUGUUGAAUUGUAUUCUAUUUAACAGUGUCUGCUGUGUCUUCAUUCUGUUCC